GUCUGCGACGACGACUCGGAGGUAUUCAUCUUCGAGGUCGACGUGACGGGUCAGACUACAUUCAGCGCGUGCACCAUAGUCUCGGACGAUAAUUCGGCUAUCGCCUUCACGCUAACAUGCGCGUCUGUGUCCACCUUCACCGCGCCAAAGACCGUGCCCCUGAUGACGCUCCACCAGUAGCUUCCGUCCCGGACGAGUGCAACACAGUACUCUCCGCGCCCCUCACCCCGAACCUUCCAACCAGGAGGGCGACGCAUGCCUCACGUGUUGCUCGGCGCGGCCGUCACGCCUACAAGACAUUCAUUCGGAUCGCGAAGUCGCGGGUCACACUCCUCUCUACCCCACUCACUCACCCGCCACUGUCUGCUCGACAUCGUGCGCAGUCUAUCGGCAUCGCCCGAUACGAGCAUCGCUCUUUCGGUCUUCCUUUCCGAUGUAGGGCACCAUGGGGAAGUCCAGCAAGCCGCUCUCAGGGUCUCUUUUCUUUGCUUUCGUCCAUCAAGCUUCUGCAGGGCCUUGAUCGUAUUCAAUCGUCCCUAGUUGUCGAUAUCGCCCCUUCUCGAUUUCUCUGCCUCGGUCACACUGUACCCUUCCGCCAUAACAUCUUCGAAUUGUAUCUCCCAGUGGAUUGCCCUCGCCUCUUCCUCUGCUCUCGCAUCGUUCGUGUGGGACGCUCUCCUUAUGAUGCGGUCUUGGAUCACGAUAUCGUGUCGCACCGGUCAUGGCCGACAGUUGCUCGAGCUUCGGAGCUCGCCGUCUGCAACGACAGGAGAUUGAACGAAGGGAGUGAUUCCUAGGUCAUCGCGGUAAUUUGGUAGCACUGUCGUCGUGAAGUGUGCUGGCCCGAGUCGAUCGACGGACUGUGCGUCCUUUCGUUGAUUCUGCUGUCCUAAGGUCCGCUUCACUUGAGCUUCAUCCGGACAUCGCACGAAACGACGGGAAGG